AUGAUGAGCGGAGCCGCGCGCUCGGCGAGGAAGGGCAUCUCGUGUCCGACACAGGAUCCAAACUGCACGCGCAUCGUGGAAAGCUUGUCCGCGUGGAACGACUCGGUGAUGAGCGCGUACCGGCUGGUGGAUUUACCCCCCACCACCACCACUACUACAUCUGUUGCUAUGGUGGAAGAGUCGGUGCACCCUUUCCCAACAGUGGAUGUGCCUGAUCAUGCCCAUUACACUAUUGGUGCCGUCAUCCUCACCGUAGGCAUUACUGGCAUGCUGGGCAACUUCCUGGUCAUCUAUGCAUUCAGCAGGAGCCGGACCCUGAGGACCCCCGCCAACUUGUUUAUAAUAAACCUGGCCAUCACGGAUUUCCUCAUGUGUGCCACGCAGGCACCUAUCUUCUUCACCACCAGCAUGCACAAGAGAUGGAUCUUUGGGGAGAAAGGUUGUGAGUUGUAUGCGUUCUGUGGGGCUUUAUUUGGCAUCUGCUCCAUGAUCACGCUUAUGGUUAUUGCUGUGGAUCGAUACUUCGUGAUCACGCGACCGCUGGCCUCCAUCGGUGUGCUUUCUCAAAAGAGAGCUCUUCUUAUCCUCCUUGUAGCCUGGGCAUAUUCACUCGGCUGGAGUCUGCCACCUUUCUUUGGCUGGAGUGCUUAUGUUCCCGAAGGGCUGUUGACCUCUUGUACCUGGGAUUAUAUGACCUUCACACCCUCUGUGCGAGCUUACACUAUGCUCCUCUUCAUCUUCGUCUUCUUCAUUCCACUCAUCAUCAUCAUCUAUUGCUAUUUCUUCAUUUUCCGAUCCAUUCGCACAACCAACGAAGCUGUGGGCAAAAUAAAUGGAGAUAACAAACGAGAUUCAAUGAAACGAUUCCAACGACUGAAAAAUGAAUGGAAGAUGGCAAAAAUUGCUCUCAUUGUCAUUCUCAUGUAUGUCAUCUCCUGGUCUCCAUAUUCAACUGUGGCACUGACAGCCUUUGCUGGGUAUUCUGAUAUGCUCACACCAUAUAUGAAUUCAGUGCCCGCUGUCAUUGCUAAAGCUUCAGCGAUCCACAAUCCCAUAAUCUACGCCAUCACACACCCCAAAUACAGGUUGGCCAUUGCAAAGUACAUCCCAUGUCUGCGUGUGCUUCUCUGCGUCCCCAAGCGUGACCUGCACUCCUUCCACAGCAGUUUAAUGUCCACACGCCGCUCCACCGUCACAAGUCAGUCCUCUGAUAUGUCUGGACGCUUCCGUAGAACCAGCACCGGCAAAUCCCGACUGUCCUCCGCUUCUGACAGUGAAUCUGGCUGGACAGACACUGAAGCUGAUCUGUCGAGCAUGAGCUCCAGGCCUGCCAGUCGACAGGUGUCCUGUGAUAUCAGUAAAGACACUGCGGAGAUGCCAGACUUCAAACCAUGCAACUCAUCCAGCUUCAAGUCCAAGCUCAAAAGCCAUGACUCUGGCAUCUUUGAAAAGAGCUCCUCUGAUGUGGAUGAUGUGUCUGUGGCCGGAAUCAUUCAACCUGAUCGCACUUUUUCAAACGCUGGGGACAUUACAGAUGUGCCCAUUUCAAGAGGUGCGAUUGGUCGGAUCCCCAGUAUCGUCAUCACCUCUGAGUCCAGCUCUCUUCUGCCCUCGGUUCGUCCCACUUACAGAAUCAGCCGCUCAAACGUGUCCGCUGUUGGGACCAAUCAGGCCAGGAGAGACUCACGUGGAGGAGUCCAGCAGGGGGCAGCGCAUCUCUCCACUGCUGCUGAAACACCUGAGUCUGGCCAUAUAGACAACCAUCGGCCUCAGUAUAUCUAG